UGUCUCCGAGCGUGCGGCAUUGUAGUCAUGUGCCAGCGCAAAUCAACUCAAAUCAGCGUUGCGUGAAUUGCUGUUUAGGUAAAUGGUACGAAGUUGUGGCGGGACAGCCGAUGCAAGGUAAGCGCUAUGAAAUGUCUCCAGAAAAUCAGGCAACCACCACAGAGAGUCCUUAAAGCAGUCUGUGUGCUCGUUGCAAGAUCUAAACUCAUCUGAACCGCCUUAAACGUCUCUUCAAAGCAAGAUACGAGUAGCUACACCAUAGCUGCGUUGUCCGUCUCGUCUUACAAUAUGGCGACCCAAUCCUCAUCUGCAGCUGUCGAUGCCUCAAUAAAGUCCAUCUGGCAGCAAACCCCAGAUGUAGCAGAACGCUACAAGGCCGCCGAGAACGCAACACGCCCUUUUGCCAAGACCAUGGUAGCCGUUACCGAAGAGCUCACAACGCUCAAAUCCACCCCCGUGCACAUCCUCGACCUAGGCUGCGGCACCGGUGCCAUCGUUGCCGAGCUCUACGACGCCAUCCCGCAAGCUCAAUGGCCCGACCUGCACAUUCUAGCCGGCGACAUCAGCCAGCCGAUGCUGGAGUACCUCAAAACCAGGGGCGAGCAGGAGGGCUGGAGCAGCCUCACGACGCAGAACAUCGACGCCACGAAGCUCCCAGCCGCGGAUCUGCGCGCAGACUUUGCCCACGUCUUCGUUGGAUUCGCUAUCUUCAUGCUCCCGCCGGACGUGCUGCCGCAGCUCGCGCAGAAGACGGUGCCGGGCGGCACGAUCGCGGUCAGCUCCUGGGUACACCUCCCCUGGUAUGAGCUCUUGGGCAAGGUGUACGCGAAGAUGCAGGACGGGCCGGAGUUGCCGACGCAGGACGAGUUGCGCGCGGGUAUGACGAACGGGCGACCAUGGCACCAGAUUGAGUAUGUGAGGGAGCAGUUGCAGGCAGUCGGGCUGCAGAAGGUCGAUGUGCGGCAAGAGAAGGUUAAUGUGGAUUGUGGGACGCCGGAGACGUUUUCGACGACGAUGGGAUUUGUGAUUGUGAUGUUGAGUAAGCAGUGGCCGGAGGAGAAGAGGGAGGAGUGGGUCAAAGGGGUUGGGGAGACGAUGAAAGAGAUUGUGACCGAGGAAGCUGGUGGGGCGGAUAAGCAUAUGUUUAUGGAGUUUGAGGCGAUUGUUGGGGUGGGGCUGAAGGGGGAGUAACUUGUUUUCAGACGUGCGACGCCGAGUUUGUUAAGACUUGUAGGUCGGCAGGUCGUGGAUUAUGAGAUUUGCUU